AUGACGGCGGCAGAAAGGGAGAGAGACGAGGAGGGCUUGGAGGAGGAAGAGGGAGAAGGAUGUUCACAGCGCUUCGCUGACAUUCUAGGCCCGAACUGUGUCAUCAAACGCGUGGACAAGGAUCAAAAGGUCAUCGGCCACGCCGCACCCGACGAGAUGCAGCAGGAGCUGGUCGCGAGAGCCGCGACCCAGAAAAGGCUGGGGGCAUGUGCAGAGCACGUCCAUCAUCUGCCCAGAAAGGAGAAGUUGCAAUGGGCUCUCGACCUUAAGGACAAAGCGAACGAGUGCUACGUGCAGAGCAGAUUCGAGGAGGCAGCGCGCCUCUACAACGACUGCUUGGUGGCACUGGACUUCGAUGGCAAGGAGGAUGAGACAGCAGAGGUAGUGGCGAAGCUCCAACUACCCGUUUGCACGAAUUUGGCCGCCUGCUUGAUUGAGAUGGGGAAGUACGAGGAGUGCGUGCAAAUGUGUGACAUUGCACUCUCCGUGGAUCCGACGGCGCCGAAGGCACUUUACCGGCGCGGGUUGGCUCGGUAUCGUCUCGGAGAUCACCGGCGAUCUCGUCCGGACCUCGAAGCUGCACUGAGAUCGAUCAGCAACUGGCGCAUGAACCAGGAUGGAGCUUCUGAAGAUGCCCCAGGCAUGCAUGAUCUGGAGCGUCGGAUUCGGCACUACUUGAUCGACAUUCGCCGCACCCUCGAGCUCGAAAAAGCGAACUGCCAGAAAAUCUUCCUUAGGAAAGACAGCGAGAAACGACUCUACGAUGAUCGGCCUGAUCGGCAAGAGGAGCAGGAGAAGGUGGAGGUGGACGACUCUGACGAAGCCAUUGAGGCCAAGCUUCGCACACUCCGCGGUGGUGGGGGCUUGUGCUGCUGCGGGCCCGAGAGCAGCACGUUACAACAAGUCUGUUGGGAACAUUACCUUUCCGGCGGUAGGUUGGUAUUUUGUGGCUAG